GACGUUAUCAGAUUUCAGCAUCAUGGAGGAGCAGAUCUACCGCUUCCUGCUCGACGAUGUCGCUCUGGACGUGUGUUUCGAGAUGCAUCGCCAGAUUUCUGUGGACGGACUGAGUCUUGAGGAGCUCUACGACGUGGAGCCCAUCGAAUGCACAGUCGACACGCCUGUUGUGGAACAGGACAGCGUCUUUGUGAGCUGUCUCUACUGCAAGCGGCAGGUGCAUGCAUCCCGAUACACGAACCACUUAGAAAAGUGUAUGACUGGAUCCCGUCGCAUGGUGACACCCAAGCAGCGGCAAGACGCAGCACGGGAAACGGAACGCACUCAGCUACAGAUACUGAGCCAACCCCAACUCUAUAAUGCCGGUGUGCCGUAGGGUUACAAACAAGUCAACGGAGCGUGUUCUAACAAGCAGCUAUCGGUGUUAUUCAGUUAGAAACCUGGCAGAUCGCUGUCGUCAAACUCAAAGUCGGAUACCUCGCUGCGUCGUGGAGAUUCCGUACCAUCCCG